AUGAAGACAGAUUUCAAAUUUUCAAAUUUAUGUGGAACAGUAUACACCCAAGGAAAUUUAUUGUUUACUCCUGACGGAAAUUCAUUGCUGAGUCCGGUUGGAAACCGUGUUUCGGUGUUCGAUCUUGUGAACAACAAAUCCCUAACUUUUCCAUUCGAGACAAAAAAAAAUAUAAAACGACUUGCCUUAUCGCCAAAAGCUAAUUUGUUAAUAACGGUUGAUGAAGAGGGCAGAGUUCUUUUAAUUAAUUUUCAACGUCGCAUAGUAUUACAUCAUUUUAAUUUUAAAUCACCAGCUGAAGAUAUACAAUUUAGUACAGAUGGAAGAUAUUUCGCUGUUGCCAUUGGAAAGCACAUUCAAGUUUGGAAAUCUCCAGGCUUUAAUCGUGAAUUUGCUCCGUUUGUUUUACAUCGAAAAUAUACAGGUCAUUUUGAUGAUGUCACUUCUAUAACAUGGACAAGUGAUUCUCAAUUUUUUAUUUCCACUUCAAAAGACAUGACUGCAAGAAUUUAUUCUUUACAUCCCAUCGAAGGUUUCACGCCUAUCACUUUAUCUGGUCAUAGAGAUUACGUAAUUGGAGCGUAUUUUUCCGCUGACCAAGAAACAAUAUAUACCGUUAGUAAAGAUGGUGCUUUAUUUAUUUGGAAAUACAAAUCACAUGAUGAGAUAAAGAGAGUUGAGGAAGAGGAUGUGGAUGUGGAUGAAAUGGAUAUUGAUAAAAAAGAUGAUCCACAACUAACCAAAAAAUGGAUGAUAGUGACUCGUCAUUACUUUAAUCAAUCUGGAGCGAAAGUAGUUUGUUCUGCUUAUCACGCAGCGUCGAAACUAUUAGUAGUUGGUUUUACAUCUGGUAUUUUUGGAAUUUGGGAAAUGCCAGAUUUUAAUAAUAUUCAUACUUUGAGCAUUUCACAAAAAAAAAUUGAUUCUGUAACAAUUAAUGCGACCGGAGAAUGGUUGGCAUUUGGAUCUUCGAAAUUAGGACAACUUUUAGUUUGGGAAUGGCAAUCUGAAUCAUAUGUUCUUAAACAACAAGGACAUUACUAUGAUAUGAAUACUUUAUCAUAUUCAGCGGAUGGUCAGAAUAUUGCAACUGGAGGUGAUGAUGGGAAAGUAAAAGUGUGGAAUACAAUAUCCGGAUUUUGUUUUGUCACGUUCUCCGAACAUUCCUCGGGCGUGACAGUGGUGGAAUUCGCGAAAAAUGGUCAAGUGUUAUUUUCCGCAUCCUUAGAUGGAACUGUUCGAGCGUUUGACUUAAUUCGUUAUAGAAAUUUUAGAACCUUUACAUCACCUUCGCCUGUUCAAUUCACUGCGUUAACCGUUGAUCCUAGUGGAGAAAUUGUAUGUGCUGGUUCGAUGGAUACUUUUGAAAUUUUUGUAUGGUCUGUUCAGACCGGUAAACUUUUAGAUAUUUUGUCAGGUCACGAAGGACCAAUAAGUUCUUUAGCUUUUAGUCCAACUGGUAUAGAAUUAGCUUCAGGUUCAUGGGAUGGUACGACCCGUAUAUGGGAUGUCUUUAAUCGUGGGAAACAUGUCGAAGUUUAUCGUCAUAAUUCGGAUGUAUUGGCCAUAACUUACCGUCCUGAUGGAAAACAAUUGGCAACUUCCACAUUAGAUGGUCAAAUCAAUUUUUGGGAUUUAGAAAAUGGCAUUCAAACUGGUACAGUUGAAGGUCGUAAAGAUAUUUCAGGUGGUAGAAAGGUAAAUGAUAGAACUACUGCUGCAAAUUCCUCUUCAGGGAAAUCAUUUAAUAAUUUAUGCUAUACAGCUGAUGGAUCUUGUAUAUUGGCUGGGGGGAAUAGCAAAUAUGUUUGUCUUUAUGAUUUGAAAAGUCAAAUACUUUUAAGAAAAUUCCAGAUUUCUCAUAAUUUAUCUUUAGAUGGAAUUCAAGAAUUUUUAAAUAGUAAAAAUAUGACAGAAGCUGGACCAAUUGAUUUAAUAGAUGAAACAGGGGAAUUAAGUGAUCUAGAAGACAGGUUAGAUAAUAGUUUACCAGGAACACAAAAAGGAGACCUUUCAUUACGUAAAACAAGACCAGAAAUUCGAACAAAAUCUAUCAAAUUUUCACCAACAGGUAGAUCAUGGUCAGCGGCAUCAACGGAAGGUUUACUCAUCUAUUCAUUAGAUGAAAAUUUAAUAUUUGAUCCAUUUGAGUUGGAAAUUGAUAUCACACCUAUAACAGUAUUAGAAACUUUACGUUCAAAAGAAUAUCUUAAAGCUUUGAUAAUGUCAUUUAAACUUAACGAAUUAUAUUUAAUUCAUCAAGUAUAUGAAAAAAUUUUACCUGAAAAUAUUGAAUUAAUAGUUAAAGGUUUACCAGAAAAAUAUACGGACAAAUUAUUAAAAUUUAUUGCCAAUAACAUUGAAGAAUCUCCUCACAUUGAAUUUCAUUUAUUAUGGAUAAUGAAAUUAUUAACUAUACAUGGGAGAUAUUUAAGACAAUAUUCUAAUCAAUUUUCGAGUAUAUUGCGGUUAUUACAAAAAGCUAUUGGAAAAACCCAAGAAGAUUUGGCCAAAAUAUGCGAUGAAAAUACUUAUACGAUAGAAUAUCUAUUGUCUUUAAAAAAUAAUUGA